AUGAAAGCCCGACAAGUCUUCGCCCUUGUGGCAAGUCUCUUACCUUCACUCGUGAAGGCUGACGUCCUAACACCUCUCCCACAAAAAGCAAGCGAAGGCGCGAUCAAAUUCCAGCCUGCGCUAGAUUUCGACGAAGAUGUUUGUUAUUACACGGCGGCAAUCGAUGCCCUGGGAGAGGUCAAUAACGGUCUUCACAACAAAAACCAGCGACAUUCUCACUGUCGACAUCCCAAUCGUCUCGAGAAUCUCAACGUCUAUGUUCGCCAAAGGUGCAACGGUGGAUGGUGUGCAUACGUUUACGAUUACUAUGCAGAAAUGGACAAUCCCCCUUCACUUUCCACCGUCGGCGGACAUCGACAUGAGUGGGAACAUGUCAUCGUCUGGACAAAGUACACUCACACCGAUAAAAUCGGCUGGCCUUUAGACGAGACGGUCGAAUACGUGAGCACGAGCGCACACGGUGAUUUCUCCACCCACCACGCCAGACACUUCUCCUUCGAAUUCACCCCCGACGGAGGCAUGCACCCGCUCAUCGUCGUCCACCACAAAGGCGCCCUCAACGCCUCCCUCCGCCCGGCCUCGGACGACGACGUGAACAAAGACCCCGAAAACUGCACCGACGCCUGGGUCCUGGGCGCCCUUCUGUCGAUGGAAGCCUUGGAGAAAAAUCUGAAGCAGGCGUUGGAGGACAAGGAUUGGGGAGGUCCGAAUGCCGCGGUGCUUCACGAUCUGAAUCGUUAUCUCAAAGAUGCGAUUCCGCGAGAGGCGAGGGAGGAUGGGUUUGAUCCUGAGUUGGAGAAUUUGCAGCUUCCGUUUGAACUGAAGGGGUAUGAGAGUCAGGUUUCGAAUUAUGGGUGGGUGAGGGAUCCGGCGGAGAUUCGGGUGGGAGAUGAUGAGUGA